GGUUUCAAAUCAAGAAAACCACCUGAUAAUCAUGUCACAAGUCAGAACCGAUGUGCGAUAUAAACUUCCUCGAAGAGAGUAACUUUCCUGGCAUCUACUUGCAUGUCUACAUUUGGCCUCGAAAUAUACAAUGUCAUUUUGUGAGUCUCGGUCUAGUGGGACUGUGAUUGUUUCACUUGUACUACCAUUCAUGCACGAAGGAGACUGCAAGCCUCAGCUUCUUGCCUAUAUUCGGUGGUUUAGAUAUACUUGAUGGCUAACCAACUACAAGCAAGUUUGUGUAUCAACCAAGUUGCGAUCUCUAUUUUCGCAGCCACUUUAAAUUUGAAACUCCGCAGCACGCCUUCCUCACCACAUCGACAGGCCACAUUAUCUCUAAACCACUGCUCAACUUUCCAAGAUGAAGCUCGUGAGAUUUUUGAUGAAAUUGAAUAAUGAGACAGUGACGAUCGAGUUGAAAAAUGGUUCGGUAGUGCAUGGGACUAUCACUGGAGUAGAUAUGCAGAUGAACACUCAUCUGAAAACUGUCAAAAUGACCACUCGUAAUCGUGAUCCAACAUCACUCGAUUCGUUGUCGAUUCGGGGUAACAAUAUUCGGUACUUUGUGCUCCCCGAUGCUUUGCCCUUGGACACACUGCUCGUCGAUGAUGCGCCCAAACCGAAGGGUAGAAAGAAAGACGAUGCGCGUGGACGAGGGAGAGGUAGAGGUGUAGUCGAACGUGCACGUGGUCGAGGAAGGGGUAGAGGCCGCGGACGAGGCUUCUGAGUUACCCGAAAAUAGCUUGUUUAUUUGUGGUCUCAGAUCCUUGUUGUUUGUCGCCAAGGCCUGGUUAAUUCUAGACUGAAUUGUGAAUUGUAUCGUUCCCAAGCUCAACCAGAAGGGGCCGUCAACAUGAUGCAAAACACAUACGACCAUCGAUUACCUGAGUCAUCUACAGUACGUACGUGUUCUUUCAGCCCUGUAGACUUG